ACCUCAUCUAAAAAGCAAACAAACUGAGGCUGCUCACAGGCUGAACUUUAGAGUCUGUUCGGUAUGGAUGGUGGACUCUGAUGUAAACCUGUGGUGAAAGCAAGGAUGCAUAAAAUCAACAUUUACAUACAUCUGUGACAGAAUCACUGCCCUUAGAAUGACUGCCAGUGCUGUAUACAUAAUUAAACUCUGAACUGGACCUAUAUACAGGACGUAGAGAGGACAUCACAGGACUCUGGUGCUACUGCUGUGCCUGUCUCACAGAGGAGCUGCUGGACUAUUGUGUCCUUCUGGAUGAAGGUUUUGUUCUUCAUCAUCUUCACUCCAGCUUUCCUGAACUAUGCCUCCCUGCAGAGAGAGGGACAGGUGCUGUCAGCUGCAGGUGCUCAGCUAAUUGAUAUCGGCCUUGGCCAAAAUAUUCAUCUGUUGUGCAAAGGACACGGACGACCUGUUGUUGUUCUUGAUGCUCCAGCAGGGAUGUCUUCAGAUGUUUGGUACUAUGUGCAGGAGGGUCUCUCAUUAUCCACAAAGGUGUGCACCUAUGACAGAGUCGGUCUGGGUUUCAGCCGAAGAACCCUGCAGAAUGAAACUACAGGCACAGAGAAAGUCUGGGGAAUAUCAACCACUGGCAGGAUGGUGGAUGACCUUCAUCGAUUGGUCAAGGCUGCAGAUAUAGCCACACCCUUCAUCCUGAUUGGCUCUGAGUUGGGCACGCUCAACGGCAGGUUCUACAGCCACAUCCAUGACACGCAAGUGUCUGACCUGGUGUUGAUCGAUCCGAUCCCAGAGGAUGUCUUUGAGGAGCAGAAGUGGCAGCAGUACUGGUACUCUCACCUCGUCCCGUCCCUGCAGAUGAUGCAGUUCUCUGCAGCAGCAGGUUUGAGUCGUCUGCUCAUUAUUCUGGGGGUGCUGAAGCCGGUCUUUCAGGGAGGAGACGUCUCAGAGGAACUCAUACAGCGACAGAAAUAUCUGCUGUGUAACCCUGCCCAUCAGAGCACUGCAGUAGAUGAGCAUUUCUUUCUCAAUGAGAGCGCAUCUCAAGUCAGAGAGAUCUCCAGAUAUAAGCCUCUCUCUAGCAAGACAUCUGUGCAUGUGAUCACUGGGGAAUCCUUUGAUGAUCAGCUUCCUUCAGAUCUCAACCAAGUGGUUGCUGAACUUCAGAGCAAGUUUUUGGAGCGCUCUUAUCCUGGUGCCAAUCACAUUCAGAUUCGUGAGGCGGAUCGUCACAUGAUCUACAGAAAUCCAUCCUUGCUUAUCAAACAUUUGCAUAAGCUCGUGUCACAAAGGCAGUCCAACCAACAAAAGCAGUGAGAUGCUUCAGAAAAUGCAGCCUCUCU